AUAAUGGGGGGGGGGGAAAUGGACACAUUUUAAUUGACCGAUUUUAGGUGUGGUGGCUAUCAUUAACCACGGAUUGACAUAUAAGAGUAUUGUAGGACGGAAUCAGUAAAGAAGGCCAGACUCAUUAUCACAUAGUGGGAGGUUUGCGAUUGUGCAGGAGGAGAUGGAUGAGGUGCAGCAAUGGACCUGGACUUUGCCAUUGUUUUAUGGCUCUGAGCUGUUGACGUCGACGCCCUGCACGAGUUCACUUGGUCUGAAGACUUUGCGCUCUUGACGGAGGUGAAGAAUUUGUUUGUGCUCUCCCUUUCGAAUCCUGGAAAAAGACCGCCAUGUCUAGGUACCACAAGGCGGCCAUUGACGGUUACCUGGACCUUCUGAAGGAGGCCACCAGAAAGGACCUGAACUCUCCGGACGAAGACGGCAUGACGCCCACCCUGCUGGCUGCUUUUCACGGGCAUGUGGAUGCGCUUCAGCUCAUAUGCAGCAGAGGGGGAGACCCCAACAGAAGUGACAUCUGGGGAAACACGCCACUGCACCACGCCGCUGCCAACGGCCACAUGCACAUCCUCAGCUUCCUCGUCAGUUUUGACGCUAACCUGUUUGCGCUGGACAACGAGCAGCAUACGGCAAUGGACGUGGCCGCUUCGCGGGAUCGCAUGGAGUGCGUGCGCUUCCUGGACGCCGCCGCCUCCCAGCAGACCAACCAGAAUCCAAAGAGAGUCGCCAGGCUAAAGAAAGAGGCUGCCAGGGAAGCGGAGAAACGGGUGAAAAUUUGCGAGAAGGUGAAGAGGCGACACCAAAGCAAGAUGGAUAAGAUGUACCGCGGGGUGGACGGUGCCGGCUCCGCUUCAGAGGGCGGCGACACGUUGGCCUCGUCGAGCGUGGGCGCCGCAACCGGCGUCGAUGAGCACUUCUCCAAGUUCAUCGCCUCCGACAAAUCCGGCUCGCUGUCAGCCAGGUUGAAAGGCACACUGCAAAAGAAGCUCGGGAAGAAAGACACGGGCACUCUGCAGAGAGACGCCAACGUCAUUUUCCUCAAGCAGGAAGAUGCAGCGUCGGAGAAUGCUGAGUUUUUGGACAUCUUCGACGAGCGGGACGAGAGGAUGCUUCAAGAUGAAGGAGAGCUUGGCUAUGGAGAUGAUGAUGAUGAAUCGGCGGGCCAAGUCAAACAGUCCAUCUUCAACAGGCCUGGCCUGGGUGGUCUUAUUUUCAUGAAGAGGAUGAGCCUGGACACGGACGACGUCGCCGGUGGGAACAAUGAAAACCUGGGCUACCUCGUUGAGAACGACAAGAUUGAGGGAGAGGAAGACCUCUCUGGCUUCGAGGGCAACGCCGACACGGAGGUCCCGUGGGAGCAGGACGACCUCGGCCUAGACGAGGAGGAGGAGGAAACAUCUCCGCUUGAUGCAUUCUUGUCAUCCGUCUCCUUGCCCGAGUUUGCCCUAGCCUUCACCAGAGAGCACCUGGACCUGGAGGCGCUCAUGCUCUGCUCCGACCAAGACCUGAAAGGCAUUCGCAUCCAGUUGGGACCCCGAAAGAAGAUCUUGGAAGCUGUUGCGCGCCGCAAGAAUGCACUGGCGAGACCGGGUGCUUUGGGAGACAGCGGCUUGUGAGGAUCUCAAUCAAAGAUGACACUUGGAAUCUUUAGUUUGAUCUAUACACCUGUAAAACAUUCAUACUGGAUAAUGAAUAAAAUGUUAAUAAUUUGACUUUCUGUGGCUGUAUAACAUUCAUUAUACCAGUCAAGUAUAGUUAAGGAAAGAUAAUGAAAUGCUCUUCCAUUAGAUGUCAGAAGGUACAAUAAACAUGUUUCCAA